AUGAAUUCUAACGACAUAGAAAGCCGAAAGGUCGCAAUAAUCACGGGCUCGACGAGUGGGAUCGGCCUUGAUCUCGCGAGGCACCUUCACCGUCUUGGAUAUCGAGUCGCUAUUUCUGGCAGACGUGUGGAAGUUGGUGAGCAAAUUGCUAAAGACUUAGACUCCACAGGAGCUACCGCUACUUUUGUCCAAUGCGACGUAGAGGCGUACUCAUCACAGGCCAGUCUUUUCAAGACUAUCUGGGACAAAUGGAACCGCCUUGAUGUAUUCAUUCCCAAUGCUGGUAUCGUCGACAAGGGGAGCAUCUACAACUUCAGACGUCGCUCAGCUACUGUUGACGAUAUACCGUGCGAACCUGAUUUGACUUGUACCGAGGUUGGCUGGAAAGGUCUGAUUUUUGGAACGACUCUUGCUACACAUUUCAUGCGACACAACACUGUACCUGGGGGCAAGGUCAUCGUAACGGGGAGCAUUAUGGGUGUUCAUCCAUGUCCUACUUUCCCAGAGUAUUCUUCAGUCAAGGCCGCAAUGCUGCAAUGGGCCAGGGCAAUGGCCCCACUGCUUCUGAAGAAAGAGAGCAUAACCAUAAAUAUAGUGCUGCCGAAUGCUACGGAUACUCCUUGUAUGCCCGAUUUCAAGGUGGCCUUCUUGCCAGAGCAGUAUGGUCCCUUACCCAACCACCAUUAG